AUGGCACCCGAUGGGCCCCUUGUUUUUGCUGGUUCGAGCCCAGCCAACAUGGGCUUUGCCCGCACCUUCUAGACUUCAGCCAUGCUCCCACUGCCACUCGAGUCCCACCUAGGCCCUGCCACCCUGCAACGUGAGGGGACCCUGCCCGGGAAGGGACCCUGCCCUAUGAGAGAAGUACUGGAGAGCACCGGGGCCCACAACUUUCUGGAAGUAAAAAGUGAGAAAAACAGUGAGCAAGAGAGACUCUGGGAAGCUCAAAGCAUGGAGAAAGCUAAAGGAAAAGUAAAAUAUCUUCAGCAAGCCAGGAGAAGAGAAGAAAUACUACCUUUCCUGAGGAAACAGAGAGCAGAAAGGAUUGCAAAAGAGAUGAUUUCUCAUCUGCAUAAACCAAAGAUCAAAACUGAUCAAGUAAGCAGGCUGAAGGUGUCUGAAGCUGACCUUAUGGAUCAAGAAGCAAUAAAGGCUCUUAAAUAG